AUGUCCACCACACGAGAUGACUCACCAUCCACCGCGUCGACAUCUCCACUCACGUUUGAUGUCAUCGCCGUGGACGGACGCGCCCGUGCGACGUCGCUCAAGCUGCCGCAUCAUGACUGUCUCACGCCCAUGUUCAUGCCAGUGGGGACGCAAGGAUCGGUCAAAGGUCUGACGAGCGCGCAGCUCGAAGAUAUCGGGUGUCAGGUGAUCCUAGGGAACACGUAUCACCUGGGAAAUCGCCCGGGGCCGGAAAUCUUGCGCAAAGCUGGAGGAUUACACGGGUUCAUGAACUGGCGGCGAGCGAUGCUCACAGACAGUGGCGGCUUUCAGAUGGUGUCGCUGUUGGAUCUGGCGGACAUUACAGAAGAGGGGGUGACUUUUCAGUCGCCAAUCGAUGGAAAACCAAUGUUACUGACGCCAGAGAGGAGCAUCGAGAUACAGAACGACAUAGGGGCGGAUAUUAUAAUGGCGUUGGACGACGUCGUAUCGAGCGUCACGGCGGACAGAGCGAGGUUCGAGGAGGCGACGCACCGAACGACGCGAUGGAUCGAUCGAUGCAUCAAUGCGCACCAGCGACCACACGACCAGUGUUUAUUCGGGAUCGUUCAGGGAGGAUUAGACUUAGAGUUGAGGGAUUUAUCGUUAGAGGGAUUGUUGGCUCGCGGCGACGCACUACCGGGCAUGGCAGUGGGCGGCUUAGCUGGGGGCGAAUCCAAGGAGGAUUUCGUCCGCGUUGUGUCACACUGCACUGCGAAACUACCCGCUCAUAAGCCUAGAUAUGUCAUGGGGGUGGGUUAUCCGUUGGAUUUGGUCAUAUGCACGGCACUUGGGGCGGACAUGUAUGACUGCGUGUACCCAACGCGCACGGCUCGAUUCGGCACCGCACUCGUUCCUGAGGGUGUGCUUCGAUUGAAGAACGCUGCGUGCGCGAACGAUCAUCGACCGAUUGACGAAACGUGCGAUUGUUUGACGUGCAAAACGUACACGCGCGCUGAUUUGCAUGAGAUUGCCACGAGAGAGCCUCGAGCCGCGCAGUUGCUCACGAUUCACAACUUGCGUUAUCAGAUGCGUCUGUGUGCAGCCAUGCACCGAUCCAUCAUCGAGCAACGCUUCGCGGAUUUCGUGCGAGAUUUCAUCAAAAAGCAGUUUCCCGACGACGCCGCUCCUGACUGGGUUCGCGAGGCCUUGGUUUACGCGGAGAUAGAGUUGUAG